AUGUCUCGCUACCAUGUGCUGCGCCGGCGCAUACAACUCGCAGGAGCUGAUGAGAAGACAGUCAUUUGCUGGGCCACAAGCGCGAACAUCGCCCGUGUGAAGGCGGACGAGGAGGCCGCCGCCGCUCGUGAAGCCGCCGAUGAGCAGCGCAUGCAAGAGCUCGAUGCCGCACGCCGUGCUGCUAUACUACGAGGGCAAACACCACCUCCGCUACCCGAUGAAGCCGAAAAGAAGGACCACCCGGAGCGCAAGAGGGAGCGUGACGACCGUGGACAUACUAGGAAAAGGCGGAAGUUGGCUGGCGAAGAUGAUACAGAUAUGGAUAUACGCCUGGCAGCAUCUAUCACAGCUCCAAAAGAGGAUGAUGAUGAGAAGAACGCCAAAGUGCUGAAACUACGGAACACCAAGCUCGAUGCACCACUGACCGACCAUGCUGGUCACAUCGACCUAUUCCCCAUAGACACGAAGGAAGCAAAUAAGCGCGAGAAGAACGCCGAAGUAGAAAAGGAGAAGCGGCGGAAAGAGCGCGCCUUCGAGGACCAAUACACAAUGCGCUUCUCCAACGCAGCAGGCAGAGAAGGCUUGGACAAGCCAUGGUACGCCGCGCAGCAGAAGCAUGAUGCAGAAGACAGCACGGCUCUGGAUUAUCCUCACUUGGAGAACAAGAAUGUAUGGGGAAACGAAGACCCGCGACGUAAGGAGAGAGAACACGCUCGCAUCACCUCCAACGACCCCUUCGCAUUCAUGCAGCAGGCUCAGAGCCAGCUCAAGAAGGCAAAGCAGGACAAGAAGAAGUGGGCGGCGGAACGCGAGCGGGAGCUCAGAGAGCUAAGAGCUGCACAGGAGCGCGAGGAUAGGCGGGAAAGGCACCACAAGCGCAAGCGGAGAGACGAGGAUCAUGUUGAGGUCUUGCGUCGGCAAAGCAUCGGCGGCAUCGCAGUCGAAGUCGCAGUCGAGAUGGGUCUAGUCACAGAUCAUCCAAGCGGAGACGGAGUCGCAGUAGAGAUCGCGAGCGCCACAGACAUACGUCUUCCCGGCAAGCUCGGCACGAAGAUGACCAGAGAACACACUGAAGUGUCUCAUGUCAGCUUCGAGACGAUUGAUCCAUAUCCUCUUAUGCAGAAACGGGUGUUCACGCCUGGCCGCCCUUAA